ACGACAAACUUUAUAUCGGUUUUAGACCAUGUGCGAUCACAUUUCUAUGAUUUUGGUGCAUUUAGUGAUAAUAAAUUACAAUUUGUAACCUUAAAUUGAUUUUAUGAAAUACAUACAUUGUUCGGAUAACCAUUACGUGUCACGGCACGAAGUCAAUAGGUAAAUGUGGGUCAAACGCGUUUGACUAAUUCUCAAAUAAAACACAAGUACAAUAACAUUCCAAUUAUAAGCAUUGGAUUUAAAAUACUUGCGCAAAUACUUGCGCACAGCACACAUUGUGUACCCUUAAAAACGUUAUCUUGCAAACAAACAGUGGGGCGUGGUGCACAACAGGUGAGUUGCCCAAACCGGAAAACCGGAACUAUUUUUUCUCCUCCGUAAUCGGACGGAAAAGAACACCGCCAAAAGUGGACUGUUUACACAAACAAAGUGAGAAGAAGAUGCCAGAAAGGGAUCAUAGCCAGCCAAGGAGUGAUGCGUAUGGAGAGUACAAGAAUAGGGACCGGGAUUCCUCUCACAGUGCAGAUCACUUGCAUAAAUAUGACAGCAGAACUCGCAAACACAACCCAAGAGCUGAGGACGAGAGAAGCUCUGCUGGUGACAAGAGGUCUGGACAGAGGGACAUGAGGAGUGGAUCUCACAAAGAGACUACUUUUAGAGACCACCACCAUCUAGAACCCUCAACACCAUACGAACCGUCUUCUGUGUAUCACUCCGAGGAGGAGUAUUACGAACGACAACACAGAGAAGCUCUUUACAAUCUCAGAUACAUCCUCACCAGUAGAGGUCUUUGUCAGCUGAUGGAGGUUUUUGUCAAUCUUCUCAUCAUCAUCUGUGCUGGCGUGCCACACAGCAACAAUGGAGGUUACCGGAACCUGGCCAGCCUGGGCGGCAUCUACCACUAUCACUUUGGGGGAGCCAGUGCCUUUAAAGGUGCCGAAGCAGAGCGAGUGAUGGAGCUGGACCAGUUGUUCAAUGAGCUCAAGAGGCCUCCGUACGCUUUCGCCAUGGCGUGCGGCGGGAUUGUAAUGAUCUACGCUUUGGCAAUGCUGGCCCUGGGGAUUUUCCGAAUGACUUACCGCUACCCACCCUUACUGCUCGGGGAGGCUCUGGUGAACCUGCUGAUCGGCUUGGGCUACAUAGCGGCACUGGUCUUCUUCUUUAUCAAGCUGCAGGACAACUACAACAACCCCAUCUGCAAGGAGAGGGAGCAGAUGUACAAGAGCAAAGGUCACAAGGGAUUCGAGUGCCAGUUUCAUGGUGCAGACAUUGCCGGGGGCCUCUUUGGCGUGCUGGGCAUCUUUGUGUUCGUCUUUGGUGCCGUGUUAGCGGUUAGAGCAUUCCGAACUGUGCGGGACAUGAAGAAGCAGAAGACUAACCACCCGAGAUCCUAGUGAGAAUAAGCGUAAUAGAAAACAGAUGGUUGGUUUCAUUGGAUCUUUUUGACACUUUCUGAAUUAAUUAUGAAUGUUUUACUCUUUGUAUUUUCAUGUUAUUUUUACAUACUUUUUAUACUGUCAGCUACCUUUUCUAGAAUAAAAUAUUAUGAACUCAUUUAAAAAACUGGAAUUCCUCUAUCAUCCCAUUAAUUUAGGAUGUCAUUCUGCGUUUCACCAACAGAUGGCAGACUACCAGCUUGUAUUCAAGAGCUCUU